AAAAUUGGGUUCAUCUUCUUCAUUUGGUUGCGAAUCUCAUUCUCCUCCACUCUCCGCCCUCAAAAUCAUAAACCCUAGAAUAUCAUUACCGGUGUUAAGGUCGGCCUCGGCCGCCUCUCUCAGCCUAUCACACAGUUCCUCUCUCUCUUACCAGUCCCUCUCUCUUGCCAUUGAGCAACAAAUGGUAUAAAAUGUCUGCAGAUAUUGCUAGUUAUUAUAGCGGAGAUAGUGACAGUCUAGACCCAGAUCCUAUAAGGAUCCCAACCAUGUGCGAGUCUUCUGCUCAUGAGAAGAACAAAGGUUGUGAUUCUAGUCUUGGGAUAACUUUAGAGAAGAAAAAGAGGAAAAAUAAGGGACAACCGCAUGUAGUUGAUCGGAUUCAAAUACUUAAAAAGGUGCUUGGUAAGAGGCGCGGAGUGGGGCGCUUAUCAAAGUCUCAAUCUACGACCCGUUACACUCAGACACAAGUGUCUACUCAACAAUCGCUUGAGAAAAUACAAAGAUUGGAACGGUUGAUAAUUGAAUUGCAAAACCAAGUCCAACACAUUAGUAAAAAGCUUCCAGUUGAACACUGUUUGCCACCAGACAAUAAAAAAGAGGAGCUAAUUCGAAAGCAUGGGAAUAUGCAUUCAACUAGGCCGUCUCAACAUCACAUGUCUCACAUACUUGGAAAUGGAUCUGUUUCAUCUUCUCAGCCUUUGACAAGCCACUCUAACAUUCAUGGUUCUCAGUAUCAGGGACAGAUGUCUAUGCCACCACUAUCCCAGCAGCCUUCUUCGACGCCUUACUAUCCCAACAUGUAUAACUCUGCGUCACAACAACUUCCUCCAACGCCCUAUCAAUAUCCCUACAUGUAUGGGGCCCCAUCGCAGCAGCCUCUGCCACUCUAUCACUAUCCCAACACAUAUGGUUUCCCAUUGCAGCAACCUAUGCCACCCCAUCACAAUCCCAACACAUACGGGCUCCCACUGCAGCAGCCUACACCGCCUUAUCCCAAUCCCAACACAUACGGGCUCCCAUUGCAGCAGCCUACGCCACCCUAUCACAAUCCCAACACAUAUGGGCUCCCAUUGCAGCAGCCUACACCACCCUAUCACAAUGCCAACACAUAUGGCCCCCCAUUGCAGCAGCCUAUGCCAUCUGAUCGCAAUCCCAACACAUAUGCGCCCCCAUCACAGCAGCCUAUGCCGUCUGAUCACAAUCCCAACACAUAUGCGCCCUCAUCACAGCAGCCUAUGCCGUCUGAUCACAAUCCCAACACACAUGGGCUCCCAUUGCAGCAGGCCCCUUGGCCUAAAGUUUCGGACAAUGCAAAAGAUGCUUGUCCAAAAAGCGGGCAUACAACUCAGAAAGUAGAAGAUCAUCCUGAGUUACAAAAUGCAAAGAAAGCUCCAAAACUAUAUUCUCUUGAAAAUUUGAGGGCAAGGCUGAAGCAUUUCUCUACAAUGAACAACUUCAAGAAAAUAGUUCUCAGGGCAAUGGCUCAUGAGCUUCUGUCAGUGGAAGAGAUUCAUCAUAUGCAGAAAAGAUUUGAUUUCAUGGAUACUACCAGAAGAGGAAGGAUUAACUUGGAUGAACUAAGAAUCGGAUUGCAUAAGCUAGGAAAUCACAUUCCAGAGGCUGGUGUUGAUAUGAUAAUGGAAGCUGGUGAUCAAAAUUAUAAGGAUGGAUAUAUGGAAUAUGGAGAAUUUGCAAUCAUAUCAUUUUACCUAAAAAAGAUGCACAGUAAGGACGAGUUCAUUGACAAAGCUUUCGAAUACUUCGACUAUUUCGAAUGUGGAUCUAUAGGAAUUUCUGAGCUACGAAUUGGGUUGACUCAUGUUGUUGAAGAAAAAAAUAUUGAAGAAGUCAUUGAAGCCAUUAUGCAAGAAGUGGACACUGAUAAGGAUGGAAGAAUAAGUUAUGAUGAGUUUGCUGCAAUGAUGAAGAUGGAUCCUUGCAGUUAAACACUAAUGAGAGGAGAUAGAAUUUGAAGAACCAAAGAUGAAUCAUCUUAUAUAUUUUAUUUUUGUUGGAAGAAUAUAUUUUGUUUUGGUAAUAUUUCUCUUGGCUCUUCAGUUGAUUUUCUAAUUUGAGACAUCAUUCUCCUUUCUGUUUGUUCUAACUUGUGAGGGAGUUCUUGGGGAAAGAAGUUGCUUUUUUUCACAAAAGAAAUAGUUAAAAUCAUUAUUAGUUUAAAGGUUAUUGAGAGCCAAAAUUGUGUGUUUAUUGAAACUACUUUAGUAUCAUAUUCUAUGUCAUAUUAUUGUG